AUAGAUAGUUCCUUCAUUCAUCACAUACAUCAACUCUUCAACACAACACUUGAACACACACGCAUCACACUGAAUCCACCCACUAAUCAAUCAACACUCCUCCAUCGCAAUCAUGUCCAAGCUCAUCACUGUCUUUGGCGCUACCGGCAACCAGGGUGGCUCAGUUAUCAAAGCCAUUCUCAACGAUGCCGUCCUCUCCAAGGAAUUCAAGAUCCGGGCUAUUACCCGAGAUGUGAACAAGCCAUCGGCCCAGGCACUUGCUGCCAAGGGUAUCGAGGUCGUUGCAGCCGACAUGUCUUCCGCUGAUGCACUCGGUCCGGCGGUUAGCGGCGCGCACACCGUCUUCGGGGUCACCAACUUCUGGGAAACCUUUUCUGCGGAUACCGAAAUCGCUCAAGGAAAAGCUGUCACCGAUGCCUCCAAGGCCGCCGGCGUGAAGCAUCUCAUCUUCUCUUCCCUUCUCAACACCACAGAAAUCAGCGGAGGCAAACUCCCCAACAUCUCUCAUUUCGACUCCAAGGCCAAGGUCGAGGAGUACAUCCGCAGCAGUGGUGUCCCGGCCUCUUUUGUUCUGCCUGGCCUGUUCAUGUCCAACCUCUUCGAAUGGUUCAAGAAGAACGACCAGGGUGGCUACACCAUGGCCCUUCCUGUCUCUCCCGAGAAGGCCCAGGUUCCUCUCCUCGAUGCGAGCGGAGAUACUGGCAAAUUUGUGGCUGCUGCAAUUCGACACUACCCAAAGUCCCUCGGCCAGAGAAUUUAUGCGGCUACGGAUUACUACUCGCCAGCGCAGAUUGCAGCUGACUUCUCCACCGUGAUUGGAAAGCCUGCUGUAUCAAUUCAGAUCCCCGACGACGUGUUCAAGUCGUUUUUGCCUCCGCACGCGGCCCAGGAGCUGCUUGAGAACAUGAAGCUCCUAGAGGACCCUGGUUACUAUGGAGGAGCUGAUUUGAAGGAGAGCUUGAGCCUCCUGAGCGAGAAGCCAAUCACAUGGAAGGAAUUUGCCGAGUCGUUUAAGGAGAAGUGGGCUUAGAUAGCAGGGCUGCUGGGAAAACUUGAGUUAUGUAAGAGAAAUAGAGACCUGUUGCUGUUGGGUUACUUUCUAUCCUUUAAGGCGUUAAUAAGUCUGCUAGAAAAAGAAGAGGAACGCUUUUUCCCUUCUUCAAUUGAUAUGACAC